AUGGCAAAUAAUCGAUUAUUCCAUUUCUUCGCGCCUAAACAUCACCACAUCUUCAACUCUCAUAGAUUGAUUUUUUACAGAUCCGUCGGUGAUUCGGGGAGCAUACCAAGGCAGCGUCACUUUGUCCGAUCGUCCUUCCAAUCGACUUCCACGGGGAAAUUCAUCAUGUGGAAUCCAAUCGGGGCAUUAUUUUCUGGAGUCGGUCAUGUUUUUGGAAGUAUAUUUGGUGCUCCACUCGAUUUUCUUUCCGGCAAGUCUUGCAACUCUUUGUGUGGUCCAACAUGGGAUUUUGCUUGUUACAUCGAAAAUUUCUGCAUUCAACAUCUAAUCAAAUUGUGUGCGGUUUCACUUUUGGUUUUCGUCGUUUUACUAUUCUUCUACUUUCUAUACAAGAUUGGAAUAUAUCACUGCAUUUUUCAUAUGUUAUGGAAACUUGUACGGGCAUGCAUCUGGAGAAGACGCAAGAGAGACAUUGAAAUGACUGAUAUGAGUAUUAAUGGAAGCGAUGAAGAAACAGACAUGGAAACAAGUUUUUCUUAUAGGAACAAUGGUCGAAGGAGAUUGUCGUCAAGAGACCAUAAAAGAAACCAUUUUAGAAGAUCAUUAAGGCCUAAAAGCCAUCGGCUUCGUGUGGGUGUUGAUGGUGAUUCAGUUUAUGCUACAAAAAGAAAACGUAUUAAGCAUGGUGAUGUUCAAGUUGUUAAAACGUCAAGCUUUGCACGAAAGGGGACAAAUCACAAGAGAUCAAGACGCAAAUAA